AUGCGACCGCUGAUGUCUGGCUGCCUCACUGGAACGCUCCUGCUCCUUCUCCACGCAUUGUCCGCGGAAGCUUUCAUUACCUACCUGGAGGUUCGCCUGCCGCUCGAAGUUGUAACCGGCUACAAGUGUCCUGCACGCCGACUGUCGCAGGGACAACCCUCUCCCCGUGGCUCCGUGUGGCCCGAGCCGCAGCUCGUCGUGCCUUCGAAGCUGCAGAGGCACGUGGCGGCGAAUUCGUUUCGCAUCACGACAAACGACGCGGGCACGCCCGAGUGCGACGUGCUGGCCAAGGCGAAGGCUCGCUACGCCACGCUGCUCUUCUUCAACGCCAUGCAGCAGGGCAAGGACACAGCGGCUGCGCCGACGGGCAAGCGGCUGGACAGGCUGGACGUCAACGUGUCCCUCCUAGCGGAGCAGUACUGCCGCUACCCUCGCUACGGAGACGACGAGAGCUAUAACCUGACUGUACCGCUUUCCGGUGACGCUUUCCUGAACGCCACGACGGUUUGGGGAGCGCUGCGCGGUUUAGAGACGUUCAGUCAGCUUUUCUACCAACAUCCCGACACCAAAGAGUUUCUGGUGAACGUGACGUCAAUACGAGACUACCCGAGGUUCUUCUACAGGGGCAUUCUCGUGGACUGCGUUACACGGUUCCUGCCAGUGAAGACGCUUAAAAGAAACCUGGAUGCGAUGGCCUACAACAAGUUUAACGUGUUUCACUGGUUUCUCGCCGACUGGACCGCCUGGCGCCUAAGACUGGAGGCAUUCCCGAACCUUACUAUGGUGGCGCGACUUCCUCGGCACAUGUACCUGCCCCAGGACGUCGAGGACGUCGUCGAGUACGCCAGGUUGCGUGGCAUCCGUGUGAUCCCAGAGAUCGCCAUCGCCUCUCCUCCUAAGCUACUUCGGGACGCGCUGCCAGGACUGAUGACGUUGUGCCAGCGCACUGACGAGCAGCUCCACGAAGCAAAGCCACCCUGCGCGAGGGACACGGAGUGGGACUUGGCGGAUCUGUCGCACGGCCCCACACGUGAGGUGUACGGCGUCAUCUUCAAGGAAGUCGCGUCUCUUUUCAAGGACGAGUACAUACACCUGGGCAUCAGGCUGCACGAUAGGUUAAAGAUCCCGAGAGACGCACCACCUCAAGUGAUUUCCAUGCUACAGCUGUACAUCGAUAGCGUCAUCGACUUCACCCUCAGCCUAGGUAUAAGGGUCAUGGUCUGGCACGACCUCCUAGGCAUCGAUGUGAAGAUCCCCCGUGACGCCGUCGUGCAAUUCUGCCGCAGCGAGGACCACGAAAGAAGCUCGGUGGUCGAGAAGUUGACCAAGGUGGGACAUCAGGUUGUCUUCUCUUCCCACUGGAACCUGAGUGCAUUUUACUACGGCCCCGACUGGAAGGACUUCUACAAACACGACCCCGCGCGCUAUUACGUGAACGGAGAGACAAGAGACAUGGUAAUGGGAGGAGAGGCCACGCUCUGGACUCACAUUGUCGACGCGACCAACCUCAUACCAAGGGUGUGGCCCCGAGCAUCGGCAAUGGCGGAGCGUCUUUGGAGCAGCGAAUUGAUGACCAACACAGAGGAUGCGGCGUACCGACUGGACGAGCAGCGGUGCCGCAUGCUCAACCGAGGGAUACGGGCACAACCGAUACUGAACGGCUACUGCGGCGACCAGGACCUUGACUACAUGGACAAUUACCCUGUUCUUGAUUGA